AUGACUUCAACAGCUGUUAGAGUCGCACUUCGUGUUCGUCCUCUGACACAAAAAGAACAGUUAUCAAACUGCACAGAAUGUAUUACAUUUAUCCAGAAUGAACCACAGAUAUUAAUAGGAAAGGAUCAUUCGUUUACUUACGACUACGUUUUUGACACAAAUACGGCACAGCACUAUAUUUACGAUACAAGUGUCGUUCCUCUAGUAGAGAAGUUUGUUGAUGGCUUCAACGCAACUAUUCUAGCCUACGGUCAAACAGGCUCAGGAAAAACCUUUAGUAUGGGAACUGCUCUCGACGAAAACACAGAUUCUGAACAGCAAGGCAUCAUUCCUCGAUUUAUCAAUGAUCUAUUCAGAAGACUUGAAAUCAAAAAGCAGGAAUCACAAGCAAAUGAAUAUAAUGUUUAUGUGUCGUUUCUAGAACUAUAUAAUGAAGAUUUUGUUGAUCUACUUAAUGCAGCAUCACAGUUACAACAGCAGCAAAACAGAAAGAGAUCUAAUUCUGUUGUUGGAAAUAAUCCUACAGCACCUGCAUGCGAAGUUCAAAUUCGUGAAGAUAUACACGGUCAAAUCUAUUGGAGUGGUGUUCGUGAAGAACAGUGCUCGAGCCCUGACGAACUAUUAAGAUAUCUCACAAAAGGCUCAUUAUGUCGUACAACCGGAUCUACAGACAUGAACUCCGUGUCUUCUAGAUCACACGCUAUUUUCUCAGUCAUUCUAAAGCAAAAGGUUCCUGACCAAGAUAGUGAAAAUCAAGAACUACGCACUAUUGUCAGCAAAUUUCACUUUGUCGACUUGGCUGGUUCUGAAAGACUAAAACGAACAAAUGCCCAAGGCAACCGUGCUCGUGAAGGUAUCUCUAUCAAUUCGGGUCUACUUGCUUUAGGCAAUGUGAUUAGUGCUCUAGGUGACGAAUCAAGAAAAUCAGUACAUGUGCCUUAUCGAGACUCCAAAUUGACCAGAUUACUUCAAGACUCGUUGGGUGGUAACUCACAGACACUCAUGAUGGCUUGUGUGUCACCUUCCGAUUCCAAUUUUUUGGAAACACUUAGUACUUUAAAAUACGCCAACAGAGCUAGAAAUAUCAAGAACAAAGUGACCAUCAAUCAAGAAUUUGCUGGGUCUUCUGUUGAAGUAAACCAAUUAAGGGCACAAGUAGCAAGACUGAAAUUAGAGUUGAAUAUUCUAAGAGCGAACGGAGGUGCAGGAGCCAAGUUGGCUGAUACCAAUAAUAACGGAAGCUCAUCCGAUAUGAUGAUCAACAAUAUGUUGUACCAUCAACAUAGUGAAACGAGUGGGUCUACUGCUGCUGCCAAGGCUCUAAAAGAAGAAAUCGACCGUCUCAAGGCCCGUGUCCGGACCAUGUCAGAUGAUAUCUGUAGAAUCACUACCGAACGAGACUCCUUACUUAUGGAAAGAGAAUUAGCUCAACACUUAAAUUCUGAGGAAUGGCCAAAUAUUAUGGACCAAUUACAGCGUAGACCCUCUUCAACUUUAUUGGACCAAUCACCUAUUAGCUCAUUGCCCAUUAUUAGUCAAUAUCAAAAGACAAUUCAAGACUUACGUGACGAAUUAGCAGAUACUCAAGAAAGACUCGCAUUUUCAGAGUCUAUCCGUGCUCCAUUAAUGCAUGCCAUGGCUAUCCCUCCAAGUGCAAAUGCUACCCCUACCCCUUCUUUUAAAACUCGCCAUCAACAACAUCAAUUGCAAAAACAACAUUCUUCCACAACCAACAGACGUCGUGGUGCUAGUAAAAAGAGACGCACACUCAAUGGAAGCACAACUACUUCUAGAAAUGUUACGUUUCGCUCUACGAGACGUUCCAAGGUUCCUAAUGUAUCAAGCGCGAGUAAUAAUAAGAAUUCUGUUGCUGCUCCCUCUAUAGAAGAAGUCGAAGUUGAUGACGAACACGAAGAUAUUGAGGCUUGGUUACAAGCUACUAUUGGUUCUAUUCAAACAUCUGAAUCUUCCGGUCUUAGAAUAGACGCUAAACAGUCUAUUAAUAACGCUCGAUCUCAGAUAGAUAAGGCCCUGAAGGUCUUGGAUGAAUUCAAGGCUAAAGAAUCUGAACAGGUUGAAUAUGAAUGUGACCUCUUAGCAGAUGAUGAAUUAUUUGUCAAGCUACAAUCGGAAGAUACUCAAAGCAUCUUUGGCGACAUUGAAGAAGACUUAAGAGCUACCAAAGAGUCUUUGGAGGAUUCUGCUACAAAUGAAGCUGCAAGAACCCCUCGUUCCAGAAUAGCUUCAACGGAUACUUUAAUGUCCAAUCUAUCUUCUAUUGAAGAUGCUGAGCUUGCAGAAUUCUAUGAAAAGAAUCCCAGCUUCCAUCGUAUGAUUGAUCAAAUACAGUCUGAUAUUCAAGUCAAUGAAGAUCUUGUCGUCCAAUUAGAAAAGACAGAAAUUGAAUAUGUUCAGAUGCGUAAGAAGUUUGAAAAGAAGCUUUAUUCUUUACGAGAUGAAAUCUUGACAUUGCGUCAACAACAACAACAACAACAGCAACAACAGCAACAACAACAACAACAACAACAGCAACAAAAGAAAGAACCACAAAACUCUGCUAAUGCAUACACCAUGAAUAGUAUUCGUCAGGCUUACGAAGUAAAGAUGAAGACGCUUAUGAAUCAACUAUCUGAACUGCGUCGUAAAUACUCUCAAACCUCAAGCACUAUCCAGUCUUCUCGUAAUCAAAAUGAAAGUAUGCUCCGUGCUCUUCGUGUCAAUGUUGAAACUCUCAAGGUUGAAAAGAAACGUAUGAUCAAGCGUAUGAAAGAUGAAGCAGAACGUGUCAAGGAGAAGUUACACACGCAUGAACGUGAAAUUCAACAAUUACGUCGCAAACAAAUUAAAGACAAUGAAAUCAGAAAGAAACUUGAACGAGAAGUUAAACAAAUGCAACUCGUCAUUGGCAAGAAGACAGACGAAUCUGUUGUUACUGCUGAAAAACUCAAAUCUUUGGUUCAAAUCCUGAAAAAGGCUGUACGUGAAGGUGGCGUUCUUGACGAAAAGAUGCUGACUAGCUGUGGUUCUCUCUUGGACAUUGGGUCUGCUAUUGUUCAGUCUUCUAAGGUUGGCCGUAUGUCUCGCACAAGACGUAGUAAUAGUAACAAGAGCAGUCGUCGUCGUCAUCAUCAGGGCAUUCCUGUUGAAGUACGUGCUGCCAAGAAGAAGGCCUUACUUGAUAAUGCUCUCUGCCAAUUUAUUCAAGGAAAGCAAGCUGUCGAAGAAAUGAGACAACUCCUUGCAAAGAGAAACGAUUUGGCUCAACGAAAAAUCGAAUAUAUCUCUGAACGUGAAUUGCUGGUCCUCGGUCAAGAUAGCAAAGAACUUUCUUCUAUUGACCAUGCCUUUAGACAAGUUAUUGAUGAGAACAUAGAAACUGUUGAAGCUGAAAUCUCCUAUCUUAAUGCUCGUAUUCAUGCUAUUCAUAACGAUGCUGCUGCAGAGAUUAUGCAAGAAGAUGAAAACGAGGAAGUUGUUGACAUAAGUAACAAGCCUAUUGAAAAGAGAGUUACCUUUGCUGACCAUCAUGAUGCUCUGGAAAAGAAGAUUGAAGAACCCGAAGAAGAUAACUGGCUUGAUAUGGAUGCACUUGAAGAACGCUACACCCUUCCUACAAGUGCUGGCCCUGAACAAUCUUUGGAAAUGAUUUCCAGGAUUCUCAAAUCUAUGGCUAAUGAUGAAGCUAGUUUUGUCAUGGAGUUGGUCAUUGAUGAUAUUGUCAUGCUUCGUAUGGAAGAACAUAACAACAAGAUGUCUAUUCAACAACUUGAAAAGUCUUCUCAAGAUUUGAGACGUACCCUCAUUGUUAUGAAGAAGGCUGCUAUUGACACAACUAUUGAAAAUGAAAAGAAACUGAAGCGUCUUCAAUUGCAACAACAAGGUGGCUCUUCUCGACGUACUUCCAUGUCAAGAGAACUCUCUUGCCCUAAAUUGAGUAGUCAGUCUUCUCCUACAAAUGAAGAUUCUAGUGACGCCGACUCUGCCAUUGAUCUUCACAAUGAAGACAAUUACCAACAUGUUGAAAGCAUGUUUGAAAAGAUUUACAACGACGGUCUCAGUGGAAAAGUAUCUUCUUAUGAUUACAAUAUGGCAAGCAUUGGCGCAGAGGCAGUUUCUCCCGUUACCUUGGCUGAAAACGAACUCAGUCCUUAUCUUCGACCACACCCAGUUCAAGCGGUUGCCAAUCUCAAGAGUGGUAGUGUUCAAGCACCCAUGAAACCAUCUACUUCCCCGCUUGUCAGCCGUCGUCGGGACUCAAUGUCUUCCCCUGAACAGUUUCUGAUGCAAAUGAUGCAGACACCAAAAGAUGCCCGCCCUCCCGCUUCACCUUUGAUGAAACCAGCUGAAUUUGCAAGAUAUCAACAAGAUCGUGAAACAUCAACCAACUCUUCUAUUCGAAGCCGAAACAAUCCCAACAUUCCUAGAAGAUCUUCUGUUCAAUCAGACAACGGAAACUGGUCUUCUGCCUAUUCUUCAAAUCAUGGUUAUAGCCAACAAAUGGUACGGGCUUCUUCUGGCGGUAAAGCUUCUUCUAUGCCACCACCUGAGCCCAUUACGGCUAUUAACAACCCACCUGCCACAAUUUUAAAUCGCCGCAGAGCAUUUUCGUUUCAGCAGCCUGCUACCAACACAUCUCCUAAUGCAGGUCCUGUGAAUACAUCAUUACGUAGACGCUCGCUUUUACGAGAGCUAACCAAUCUUCCUUCCAAUACCCCAAUGAGCAACGAAUCUAGUAGCCAAAUACCCAAAUCGCCAUUAUAUCAAUAUCAACAACAACAACAACAUUACUUGCCACAUUCACCAACAAGUAUUGAUUAUUCCAGUAAUGGUACCACCCUCAUUCCUGCUUUCAGCAGCCAAUCAAAUAAUAGCAGUACAAUGAUGUCAAUGCAACAGGGCAGGCCUCAUUCUGUGCUUGCAUUGCAUGCUGCUUCUGUUGCGCCACCAAGACCUGUUUCAAAGACUACUCUUUACCCUAGUGCCAGAAGAGAUUCUCCUAAUAACUCUUAUGAGUUGAGAAGGUCUGCUGUAACCAAUAAUGUAUUUGAUCGUUUGUCAGCAGGUCAUACACAAGCCUCUCAAGCCAAGAAGCGCCUCGGAAAUUAUCGGUACUCUUCUAGUAGCAUUGAUGACCUGAGACAACAAUGGGCAAGCGAACUUUCUGAGAGAAAUAUUAAUGACGAAUACUAG